AGAAACUUUCUAAACAUGUUGAUGAUAGUCAACUUUAGAAGGUUGAAAGAUUGCUUCAUCACAUACUAUUGGGUAUUUAUUGAUUAUCAUCAUGACUGCCGAAAUCGACGUGGAACUCCAUGCCUGUAUCGACUUCCUUGAAACCAACACAAACUGUCAACAACAACUUGGUUCACAAAUACAACAACUUUUGGCUCAACAGAAUACGGAAAAAGUUGCAUCCCUUUUAGUAGACACGCUCAUCGUCGCUUUUAAUGACCCUCCAUCAGAUAAGCGCACGGAUCACAGCUACGAAGAAAGUCUCGAAGGUUGCGUUCAAGUGAUUUCGGGCUUUAUAUUUUCCAAUCAAGUAGAUAGAUUCAAAUUGGCAACACACUUGGCACAAAAGUUGGCACAAAGUGAACCAUUUGGUCCUUUACGACUUCGGACGGUGACUCGACUGUACAACUCCAUCCCAGAGACGGAAACUUCACAACGCUUGGAGUUGUUUAUCUUGAAUGUUCAAGUAGCUUCCAAAGUCAAUAUGUUGCAAGCGUUGGCACCAGCUUUGACAAGAGCAGAAUUCUUUCUUGACGUAUGGUCUCCAUCCAAACAAGACAGAAGAAGGUUUUAUCAAACCAUUACAGAGGCGUUUGAUGAAUGCAACAACGAAACGCAAGCUUUCGAGUUUCAUGUAAAGUUAUUGGAAACAUUUAACGGUGAAGGAGAAGAUGUGUUGACUGGAGUAGAGUCCUAUGCAGUGAAAGCUUGUAAGGAAGCUAUAAGACAACCCAAAUUGUAUCGCUUUGAUGAACUAUUGGAUUUGGAUGCCAUUCAAAGGUUGAAGAAUACCAAACAACAUGCACUGCUCUUUGAACUCUUACAAAUUUUCGUUUCCGAAAAGUUGGAGGCCUUUGUAGAUUUUGUGCAUCGCAACCCCAUCUAUUUUGAAGAAGCAGGUUUUGACUAUGAAGCAUGUUUGAACAAAAUGCGACUGUUGUCAUUGGCAUCUUUAGGUGUCGAACAAAGUGAAAUUCCUUACUCAUUGGCUGCGAAAACUUUACAAGUGGAACAAGAAGAAUUGGAACAUUGGGUCAUUCAAGCAGUGUGUUUAGGUCUUAUGGAGGCCAAAAUCGAUCAGAUGCGUCAAGUGAUUCGAGUAAUACGCGCAUCUCAACGUGUGUUCAUCAAAGAACAUUGCAGAAUUGAUUGCAACGAUUGAUCAAGUAAGACAACAACAUGUCAAG